CCGGGCCUGCAGGGGGCGCCGGCGGCUCGUCAGCUAACUGUCAUGGCGGCUCCCUGUCGCAGGUUUAUUUCACGGUGAAACUGAACUCGCAGAUAUUAAGUCUUUAUUUCAGGAUGAGCUGAGAGAAGAAACUGAACUCUGUCAGGUAUGAAUGUGAUGUCAUCAGUGAUGCGGGGCGCCCGCCGGCUCGCCCACGCCGACCCGAAUCUGGUCAGCCACUUCCUGCCUCCGUCCCUCCGCUGUCCGUCUCGAAGCCCCGCCCCACUGCUCACCUGUCGACAGAACAGGAAGUUCGCCUCCAAACAGGUCAAAGGUCAGAAAAAAGACCAGAAGAACCCGAAGGUCAAAGCUAAAGUGGACAAACAGGAAGUGGAGAUCAGACAGAGGAUGACGGCGGCGGCUCUCGCCGAGGCCAUGAACAAAGACUUUGAUCACGUGUUGGAGGCCCUGCUGAACACCUCGGUGGAUGUGGACCCCUUGGAGCCGGACUCGGUUCUGGAGGAGAGGUGGAUUAAGGAGGUGGUGACUCGAUCAGGGAUGAAGUUCAGGUGGGCCAAACUGAGCGAGAGCAGAGAAAGACCCAACAGAGACGCCCACAGGAGACCUCCAGCGGACCCGUCCAGCCUGGUGCCCCGCCCCCCGGUGGUCACCAUCAUGGGUCAUGUGGAUCACGGUAAGACCAGCCUGCUGGACAGCCUGAGGAAGAGUCAGAUCGUCUCCACGGAGGCCGGCGGGAUCACGCAACACAUCGGAGCUUUCCUAGUACAGCUGCCUACAGGUGAGAAGAUCACCUUCCUGGACACACCUGGCCACGCCGCCUUCUCCGCCAUGAGAGCCCGCGGAGCCAAUGCCACAGACAUCGUCAUCCUGGUGGUGGCGGCCGACGACGGCGUCAUGAACCAGACGGUCGAGUCAAUCCAACACGCCAGGAGAGCCAAAGUCCCGAUGAUCGUGGCGGUGAACAAGUGUGACAAACCUCAGGCCGACCCUCAGAGGGUGAAACAGGAGCUGCUCGCCCACGAUGUCGUCUGCGAGGAGUUCGGAGGAGACGUCCAGGCGAUCCACAUCUCAGCUCUCAAGGGCGACAACCUGAUGGCUCUGGCCGAGGCCACGGUGGCGUUGGCGGAGGUUUUAGAGCUGAAGGCAGAGCCCAGCGGCCUCGUAGAGGGACUCAUCAUCGAGAGCCGCACCGACAAAGGCAAAGGUCCUGUGACGACAGCCAUUGUCCAGAGGGGAACGUUGAAGCGAGGUUGUAUCCUGGUGGCGGGGAAGAGUUGGGCUAAAGUCCGUUUCCUGUUUGACGAGAACGGGCGAGCGGUGCCGGAGGCCGGGCCGAGCGCUGCGGUGGAGGUGGUGGGCUGGAAGGAGCUGCCGUCUGCUGGAGAGGUUCUGCUGGAGGUGGAGUCGGAGCAGCGAGCGAGGGAGGUGGUGGAGUGGAGGAGCUACGAGGAGGAGCAGCAGAAGCUGCAGGAGGAGCAGAGCGUCAUCGAGCUCAAACAGAAAGUCCACCUGGAGGAGUACAGGAAGGAGAGGGCGGGGCUAACUCACCUGAGCUGGAGGCAGAGGAAGUCUGCUCUGUACCGUGCCAACAAGACCAAGUACGCCGUGAGGCCGAGCGAGAGGACUCAGAGGGACGAGCUGAGCCUGCCGCUCAUCAUCAAAGGUGACGUGGACGGGUCGGUGGAAGCCAUCCUGAACAUCCUGGACAGCUACGACGCCCAGGAGCAGUGUCAGCUGGAGGUUCUUCACUUCGGCAUCGGAGACGUUUCAGAGAACGACGUCAACAUGGCCGAAACAUUCGGAGGUUCCAUUUACGGCUUCAACGUGGCGGCCAGCAGGUCGAUCCAGCAGCUGGCGGCGAAGCGCGGCGUCCCGCUGCGACUGCACAACGUCAUCUACAAACUGAUGGACGAGCUGAAGGACGAGCUGAGCAGCAAACUGCCGCCCCUGCUGUCGGAGAACGUGCUGGGUGAAGCCACCGUCCUCGCCAUGUUUGACGUCUCCGUGGGGAAGAAGAAGGUUCCCGUCGCCGGCUGUCGGGUUCAGAAAGGUCAGCUGGACCGGCGGCUCAAGUUCAGGCUGAUCCGAGGCCGAGACACCGUCUGGGAGGGUUCUCUGGUGGCGCUGAAGCAUCACAAGGACGACGUGCAGACGGUGAAGACGGGGAUGGAGUGCGGCCUGUCGGCUGACGGCGACGUGGACUUCAGACCCGGCGACACGGUCGUCUGCUUCGAGGAGCAGGACGCGCCGCAGGUCACUUCCUGGGACCCCGGCUUCUAAUAAAGAGUUCAUUUCCCAUCAUCCUCUGCUGCUCAGAGGCUCGGUCUGAUAAACAGGAAGCUCAGGAGCUGCUGACGCACUUCCUGUUCACCUGGAGACUGAAGCUGAUAAUUUAAUGAACGUUGUCCCUGACCACCUGUCCUGUCCUGCCCUGACCGUGACCACCUGUCCUGUCCUGCCCCUGACCACCUGUCCUGU